AUGAAAAAGCGGGACCAAGGUUAUUCCUCUUCCUGUCAUGACCAAAAUGAACAAAGAUACAGUGAAGUCAUUGAUGUUCUUGAUGCCUAUGAGGAUCUUGUGAAAGAUGUAUAUGAGAAGAUUCCUGUCCAGGACUCGCAGAAGACAGUGAAAAAGUCACACAACAUCAAAGAUGGCUGCACAAUCUAUGCCCAUAAUUUUCUGGAGCUCGGCCUGUUGUUCAAAGAGUUAUCUGAUGCAAUACACUGCCCAGACAGAAUACGUAUGAUAUCCAUCUUGAAACUUGCCAUGCUUGUUUGCAAAGGCAGCAGCACCAAAUCCAAAUAUGCACUUGAAAUACUGAGAUUUCUGUGUCAUCAGCUUGCUACUUUGAGCGAGAAAGUUGCAAAUGAAUCUUUUUAUGGUUGUUUUGUCAAUACUGGAGGAAAAGUGGACACCCAUAUUGCAGCUGACAUGGCAAUGGAGCACCUGGUGAGGAAUGUCAAAAGCCAUAUCCAAGCUCUGCAUUCCAACAAGUCUGAAAAGACAAUCAAAAAAAGAACUGGUGCUUUUGCUGGCUUGUCAACAAUCUGUGAAAACUUUGACAGGGAAAGUGAUAUGAUCAUAAGGGCACAUAAGCACAAGUCUCCUAGUGCUGAUAAAGAUGAGAUGAUGUUGUUUGACAAUAUUCAUCGUAUGAAGCCUUUUAGUAAUCAGAAUGGAAGACCUCUGGGGUCACACAGCAGUCUCUCCAACUCACUGAUAAGCAAACUCACAAGACAUCAACUACAGAGUUGGAUCAGUGGACAUCAAGUUAAUUUCAAACACGAAAUUGGCCAGUAA